AUGUCGAGUCAAUUAUUACAAAUUCAAGAAGCGGCACAAGAUCUCAUUAAUAACAACCAGGAAUUAUCACUACUUAACUUUCUACAGUAUAGAAAAAAGACAGAUUACUUCACGAAUGAUAAAGCAAAGGAGCAUUACUUGUACAAGAAAACGUUGGAGUUUUUGUCUAAAGAUUAUGAACAAGCUCGAAUAAAACUUUUUUAUUUCGAAGUUAAGUAUAUUUUAUAUUUUCAACGUGAAUGGGUUCAAGGGCUAGAAUAUGUUCCGGUCCCGGGACAACUACACUUUGACGUUAGUGCCAUAACGCAACUGGAUGGUUACGCACUAACUGGUUGUCAGGUUACACGCCGUGUUAUGAAUGAGAAAUCUAGCGAAGGUGUGAAAGAUUUCUGGAUAUCAAAUGAUAAAGAACGUCAUAAUUGUGAAAUCCAAAAUAUACAGUUGAAUUAUACCAAACAACUGUUAGAAGAGACUAAUAACGAAAAGAACAAAGUGCGUACAAUAACAACUAACAAUGCAAUAAAAACACUACAAAACGUGCUAGAAGAUAAAUAUAGUCCGGAAAGGACGCAGGAGUCUCAAGAUUUCAUAACGAAAAAUAGCCAAAAUGAAUUUUCAUGUGACUCAGUACAAACAACCACCAACGUUGAAUUCUAUACACCUGCAAGGCAAUCUAGAUAUUAUUCACCAGAUCCACGGGAAGAUGAGGAAGAAGGCACACACGAAGAAGAGGAAUGUUUACAGGAAGGCAGGGAAGAAAAUCCUUUCAUUGAUAGACUUUUAAUGACUGAAGGGAAUUUUAAAGAGAAUAAGAAGGGACCCUGGCGUUUGAGCAUUGCAAACCGUAGAGAAAUUGAUGUUGCCUUUUUAUCAAUGAAGAAGGAAAACAUGUGGAGGUUGAGGGCAAGUGGUAAACUGGUUGAAGAGGAAUUGUACAAACCAUGUGGUAUCCAUUCCUUUAUUGUGGACGUGGAUGAUGAGUUAAUGAAACAGCAUUUUAGUGAAGCAGAGCUUCUAGAAAUAGAGAACGAACAUGCACCUGAAGUACCACAGUUAUCCCAAGAUAUUAUUAAUUAUCUUCUUAAAUUUUAUGAUAAGAAAACGUUAAAGGAAAUACGUAAAGCAAUUAACGAGUAUGACGAAAGGUUUGAUGUGGAAUACAAUCAAGACGUUUAUCACGAUCUAGAUUAUAUUAGAUUUGCUCUAUAUGCACUGGAAAUUGAAAAUGGAGGAUUAAAAAGCCAGAAUUUGGAGGCGUGGUACAACUGUCAUAUAUGGAAUAUCAUUGUUGAUCAAGGAUUUGCGGAUAUAGAAGAGGCAUCUGUUGUUAGAGGUGAAAGUGUAAGCACUGCGAAUUCUGGGCGGAAGAAUGCACAUAGGGAGAGUGCGAACAAACGACGAAUGUAUGGACACAAAGGUGAUUGGAUUUUAAGGCGGGAUGGAAGCGGUGAACGUGACGAAUACGACAUGCUAUUAAAGCUUAUGAAAAAAGUAAACUGGGAUAGAGAGCUGUGCAAAAAGCUACAAACCGUCGGGAUAAUUCAUGCUGGCUAUGUGUGCCGCAUCCGACGCGGAGACUUAAUGGAAGUGCCUUACGUUGAAGAAAAUUUUUCUGACAUAUUACAAAUGUUAGCAGCGGUUAUAAAUAUCAAGGCUAUUGUUAGAGAAACAAUCAAGACAGUUCAAUCCAAGCCUGUGCAGUCAAGUACACAGGUAUCCGAAAAAUUUAUCAAAGCAGGAAUAACGAAACGACCUCGAAAUACGCAUGAAAUCCCAUCAU